UCGGCGUGUCCGUCACCCUCGUAAAAUGGGAUUAAAAUCGCUGCAUACACGCAAAAUAACGUUAUAAAAGAAAAAUACGAACAAAACAAUAUAUUUAAUUAUGAUUAAACCAUAUUUAUAACACAAGUUGUUUAGGUAACAGUGAAUUAGUGUUUAUUUUUUCACGUUAAACGUAUAUCAUAAUGUUAAUUGUUCAAAACUCUUCUUCGUUUAAAACACACAUAUUCACAUUUAGUUGAUAAAAUAAUAAUAUAAUUAAAUUUAAGUAAAUAUCAAAGUGGAAAUGUCAAGGAGAUUGAGCUGAAAUUCAGUUAGGAAGAAGGAAGGAAGAAAUUGGGAAAAAAUGCGCUGGAUAUUUCCUGUACCAGUUUUGCUGAUGUCCUGGUUUGGGGUGGAUCAAGUGAAGUCCAACUCGUGUAUUCGAACCGCAUUAUGGGCUCUAAGUCUGAGCCCCCUUGUACAAGCCGAAUGCCAGACCCGUACGAUAUACUGCUACGAGUGUGACAGCUGGACGGACCCCAGGUGUAAGGAUCCCUUCAACUACACAGCGCUGCCCAGAGACCAGCCGCCAUUGCAGACCUGCAACGGAUGCUGCGUGAAGAUGGUUCGAUAUUCAAAAAGUCCAUACGAAGUGGUCCGGCGAACGUGUACAUCACAACUCCAGAUAAAUCUAUUCAUGGUAGACCACGUGUGUAUGAUGGAAAGUACUGGCACUGGCCACAUGUGCUUCUGCGAGGAAGAUAUGUGCAAUGGCGCGCAAACACCGGUCGCAGCACUGGCCUUGGUCGCAACACUAGUCGCAUGUGCAUGCCUAAGGUGAAGUAGGCGUAGUGACUGCCCCGAGCGGUCGAUUGUCGAGCACCGAUGUCGAUGACUGACUAAUAUUGUCUGUUUUUCACUUUCAUAUGACGACAAAUCGAGACGUCGGUCAGACAAUAUGAAAUCAUCGAUGUCGAUAAAUUGUGUUAACUGUCAACCCUAUGUCGAAUCUUAUCGAUAAGUGCGAUCGAGGUAGAUUUAUCGAUGAAUCGACAAUCGAUCGACUGUACCUUUGGGCCCUACCCUAGCUGAGAUUUAAUUACAUUUUUCGUCCAAACGUAGACGUAGUUUAGUCUUGUGGUGCUUAGUUUUUACAGCACGGCAAUUGAUUCCCGUCAGGCCGCAUUGACUAAUGCUUAGCUUGACAUUUUCGAGAUCAUAGCGAGUACAAUCUUUGUGAGAGCUCCUCGGUUUAGAGGCAACGAAUUAUAAAAUUACGAACGUUUAAUGUAGAUUUUUGUAAGAAAAAAUAUAGUUGAAUGUGUUGUAAGAGUGAAUCUUUAAACAUACUAUGAGAGAUUUUUCAAAGAAAAUGAAUCAACAUACUAUAAUAUCUCUCUAAAGACAAAAAGGUACAAAACGAGUCGAGAAGCUCAACAAAUGACCGAAAAAAUAAUUCAUAAAAGUAAAAUAGUUGACAAGCUUAAAGCUUACCAAGUGGUGUCAAAACUAAGCACAUUUUUCUUCUAAGGCUAAUCUCAUGUUCAGCAGUUUUUGCUCUAAAAUUAUUAAUAAAGUUUUCCUGGAUUUAGCAUGUACAUAAAGCGCAGUAUAAAAGCGAUAGGUAUAAAGAGACUAGGAUAUGGCGAGAGUGAGAGUGCUGAAACUAGAUGGCAGUGGUUCUUGUAACAAAAUGUGAAGCACUGCCAUCUAGUAGGUUUUACGAGUUACUAAUUUCUCCUGCGAACGCUUCUGAUUGGUCCAAUUAUCGACCAAUAAAAUUUGCUCAUAGUUGCACCUAAUCUUAGAAGUGAGCACCUUGUAGAUAGAGAAAGAAAUCGAAAAUGAAAUGAAACUAGCAAGUACUGCCGAUAAAUAGAUGAAUAGUUAUCGAUAAGGACAUCAGAUUGGUGAUAUCAGUUCCCGAGAUUAGUGUUAAAAAACGGUUGUGUUUUUAUUGUCUUCAGAAAAGACGUAGGUAAUUAAAUUGUCAAUUCAGUUUUAAUUUUUAAUUAAUUUUAGCUUGUAUCGUCAUUGUGUUGUUUUAAACCCUUGUACAGGAGUAAUAUUUUUUAAGCGACGUAACGGAUUUUCAUCGAUAUCGAUAGAUUUGUGAAAUGUCCACUUCACUAGUUUAACAGUUGCGUUUAAAAAUAAGGAUGUUAAAAAUGAUUAUCGAUAGUUUUAAACACGUUUAAUAUUUUUCUUUAGGUUUGCUCUUAUAAUGGUUUUUAGACAAAAAAUCGUAAGCUAGAAAAAUAUUCUAAAGCCAUUAUUGAAUUCGUUUAAAAAAUUUAAUGUUCCUACUUUUAAUUUUCAAGUACACAUUAUUUUUUCAUAAUCUGCAAGUGACAUAGAUAUAUAAAUAAAAGAAAAAAUAGUAAAAAGUAUGCUAGACUAUAGUGCAACGUAUAAAUUUUGAUAAUUAUAGUGUAAAAAUAAAUAAUUUUAUGAAAUUAAACACCAAAUACAUUUUAAUCAUUAAAUAUAAGUUAUUAUUAUAAAUAAUAUAUCAUAGGGUAAAUUAUAAGCAAUGUGUGCUUCGUUGUGACGGGUUCGAUACCUGUCAUACAGCACUUUGUGAUGACAGCAAAAAUACCAAACAGGGCGGGAAUUUUACGCGGUACAUAUAUAUGUAUACACACAUAAGCUCACGCCUGUCUCCCAUGGGGGUAAGCAGAGAAUAUGUAACGCCGAUUGGUACAAUUCUUACAUACUUCUUUCGCUUCUUCAAGAGUCAUCAGUCUUUUCAUGCAUGCUCGUCGGUUAAGGGUACUUUUUUGGCCCUUCUUUAAUGUAUCGCUAAUCUGGAUGAUAUAAGUAUAUAUGCGUCUAGGGCGCCUUCAACCGACGGUACCAUUCUUACGCGCCUUAGUCAACUGGAAAGCAUGUACUAAAAUGAUUUGAAAAUAUGCAGGUGUAAACAAGUUUAACGCAUUAAAAUAUGAUGCUAUGUAGGUACUGUCGUAAA